AAAGGGAGGGAGACAAAGGGGAAUAAUAAUAAUAAUAAUAAUGAUAACUCGAUCGAAUUUGGCGGAGCAGCUGAGAGAGUACCAGAUUCGAUCAAAACACGAUUGGGCAUCCCUAUCUUUCUUCUCCUCCACCUCUAAUCUCUCUACCUCUACUAGAGCAGAUGUCGUCAUCUUUGUAAUAUGUGAACUGGUUAUUUUGGCGCUCAUGGUUUUCUCUGUGGUUUCGCUGCACUUUAGUCAUCUAAAGCUUGCUUUUAUCUUAGUAAGUGUUAGCUUACUAUUGCUUGUAUGUGUGACAAUUGCAAAGCAAGUUACAGAAGCCAGGAAAAAGCAACGAAGGAUGCUUCUUCCGUUAUCAAUGUAGAAGUGCGUGAAUGGAGAAUCUUUUUUGCUACGCCCAACCAAUUUUUUAAUGUGAAAUCUCAACGAAUAUUUCUGUCUUUUUUUCUCAACGAAUAUUUCUGUCUUUUUUUUUCUUUUCUGAAUUCCUUUUGACAUAAGUAAGUGAAGUCGAGGCAGGCUGAUUAGAUGAUGCAGAUGUCGUGAUUGUUUGACAUCAGAGCUAUUUUUUGGUUAUAUACUUAUAGGUGUUUGGGCUGGUUGAUAAAGCUUCAUGUAAGUUU